AUGCCCGUGGUCAAAGGAGGUGUUUGGACUAAUAUCGAGGAUGAAGUCCUCCGGGCGGCGGUAUCCAAGUAUGGGUUGAAUCAAUGGGCGCGAGUAUCUUCGCUCCUUGCGAGAAAGACGCCGAAACAAUGCAAAGCGCGAUGGGUGGAGUGGUUGGAUCCUGGUAUCCGGAAAGUCGAAUGGUCGAGAGAAGAGGAUGAGAAGCUGCUACAUCUGGCCAAACUGAUGCCGACACAAUGGCGAACAAUUGCUCCGAUUGUUGGACGUACCGCGACCCAGUGUCUCGAGCGCUAUCAGAAACUCCUUGAUGAGGCCGAGGCCCGCGAGAACGAUGAGUUGGGCUUAGGAGGUCCCUCGGGCGGCGAGGCGGCCGCACCGAGUGCAGAUGAUGUCAGACGACUACGGCCCGGCGAAUUAGAUCCUGAUCCGGAAUCAAAGCCUGCACGACCCGACACGAUUGAUCUUGAUGAAGACGAAAAGGAAAUGCUCAGUGAAGCUCGUGCUCGCUUGGCCAAUACUCAGGGAAAGAAAGCAAAGCGGAAGGCUAGAGAACGUCAGCUCGAAGAAUCGCGAAGACUUGCGGUUCUUCAAAAGCGCCGCGAACUCAAGAAUGCCGGCAUCAACAUCAAGGUCGUUACACGUAAGAAGGGCGAGAUGGACUACAACGCGGAUAUUCCGUUCGAAAAGCCGGCAGCACCUGGAUUCUACGAUACUAUGGAGGAGGAAGCUCGAAACGAAAGACAGCGGGAGAUGUUUGACCCCCGGAAGCAACAACUUGCAAACAAGCGGAAAGGAGAUCAGGAUGAAGAUGCGGACAGAAAGAAGAGAAAGAGCGACAAGAACAGCAAUUCUGCCGCAUUUGCCGCUGCUGCAAGAGCUGGUCAAAUGCAGAAAAUCCGUGAGGCUGAGCAGAGCAGCAAGAGGAGAGCUCUUGUCUUACCAACGCCCCAAGUGAGCGAAAGUGAGAUGGAAGAUAUCAUCAAAAUGGGUAUGGCUGGUGAUAGGGCUAGUAAGAUGUCUGGCGAUGAAGAAAUGACCCGCGGGUUGAUCGGAAAUUACACCUCAAUCGUCGGUGGGACGCCGAUUAGGACACCACGAGCUCCGCCAGAAGAGGACCACAUCGCCAAUGAAAUCCGAAACAUCAGAGCAUUGACUGAAACACAGUCAUCUUUGCUUGGUGGUGAAAAUACACCUCUCCAUGAAGGAGGUUCUUCUACCAGGUUUGAUGGCAUUGCUCCUCGCCGACAACAGAUUGUCACCCCGAAUCCAAUGGCUACUCCCUUCCGACAAGCCAACGGCAUUGGUGCAACCCCAAUUCACGGUGGCGUUGGUCCUGGAGCGACUCCUCUCAGGACGCCUAGAGAUCAAUUUGCGCUAAAUCAAGAGGAAGCCGGCCAUUUGGUAGGCGCUACACCGCGUGAUCUUAGAUUGCAUCAAAAGGCCGUCAGUCAGAGUAUCCGUGGUAGACUGGCUGCCUUGCCAAAGCCAAAAGAAACUGAGUGGGAAUUGGAAGAACUUCCGUCAGAGACCGCAGAGCCAAGCACUGCGGCAGAAAUCGCUGAGGAGGACUCUGCAGAGCGUGACCGGAGAGAGAAGGAGACGCGGGAGCGGGCUGCCCAGGCUGAAUUCAAGCGGCAAAGUCAAGUCUAUCAACGGGGUCUGCCUCGCCCUAGCGUUCUUGAUAUCGAUGCUCUGAUGGAACGGGCCUCGCAUAUCACGGAUCCCAUUGGCGGUAUGAUUGCCAGGGAAGCAGCUCUUCUGAUUGCUAAUGACGCUCGGAAAUUCCGCCUCCCUAACGGUAAGAUUGAAGGGAAGGCGCGGAAGCUGGAGCCGAUUGGCGAUGAGUUCGUUGAGGCAGCUCGUGCGGCUAUCACUGCGGAAGUUCCUUCGUCUGAUGAGAAACAACAAUGGCUGCAGAACUUUGAUGACAACUGGUCAUCGUCACAUUCCAGUGCUCUUCCAGGACUAUCUAACUAUGGCGACGAGGAAGACGAGGAUAUCUAUCGACAAGAGCAGCGAAUGAUCGGCGCCUUUGACAAUGUGCAGGCAUCUUUGUUGGCUACCGCAGAGCGAGGAAACAAGCUCGAGAAGAAACUUGCUUUGCACUACGGUGGAUAUCAGAACCGUGCGAAGAUGCUGCGGACUAAGAUCAUUGAAGCCAGUGCCGCUUUGGAGAAGUCGAAGGAUGAACUUGAUGCUUUCCGGACCCUUCACAUCUCAGAGGAGUCGGCUAUUUCGAGGAGACUGGAGAAAUUGCGCGACGAUGUUGCCUUUGUUCUGAAGAGAGAGCGUGAAGCUCAGGAAAUAUACAGGACGAGAAAGGAGGAGCUGGAUGAGCUUGUUGCCGGGACAGUAGGUGCUGUCAAUGGGUGGCACUGA